CCGCCGCCUCCGUGGCGAAGUCAGCCGAGCUCCCCACUCCACGCGCGCGGCACUGGGUACCUCGCGCCUCGCCAGUCGCCACGGCACCAGACCAUCACCUACAAAUACACGCGCCCGCCCACCCAAACCUGGCGAACCACAGACUCGAACCAACAACCAAGAACGCUUCCCCGCGCGCCUCGACACCCGCCCGGCAUGGCGAUCCGGAUGAGCAACAACGUGAUCUGCGCGCUGAACCUGGUAACGCUGCUGCUCUCGGUGCCCGUCCUCGCCGCGGGCGUCUGGCUCCGGUCCCGCGCCGACGGCACCGAGUGCGACCACUUCCUCUCCACGCCGGUCAUCGCGCUGGGCGCCGCGCUCGCGGCCGUCUCCCUCGCGGGCCUCGCCGGCGCCUGCUGCCGCGCCAACUGGCUGCUCUGGCUCUACCUCCUCGCCACGCUCGCCCUCGUCGCCGCGCUGCUCUGCUUCACCGCCUUCGCAUUCGCCGUCACCGCCAGCAGGCCGGGCGCGGCCGGGGACGAGCAGCCCGGCCGCCUCGGGGGCGGCUACUCCACCUGGCUGCGGCGCCACGUCGAGGGCCGCAGGAGCUGGGCCCGGAUCAAGAGCUGCCUGGCCGACGCCGGCGUAUGCAAGCGCCUGGAGGAGGACGGCGACAAGAAGGAGGCGGCGGCGGGGACGCUGGCCCGGCUCGUCGGACGCGGCGGCCUGUCGCCGGUCGAGUACGGAUGCUGCAGGCCGCCCGCGAGCUGCAACUUCACGUACGCGGGGGGCACGGAGUGGACCAAGCCCAGGCCGAGGGGCGGCGCGCCGCCGGCGGCCGACCCGGAUUGCGGGAAGUGGGACAACGACGACGACAAGCUCUGCUUCGGGUGCCGGUCGUGCAAGGCCGGCGUGGAGGGCGCGCUCAGGCGGGACUGGAAGCGCGCCGCCAUCGUCAACGCCGUCUUCCUCGCCUUCAUCGUCGCCGUCUACGCCGUCGCAUGCUGCGCCUUCAGGAACAGCCGCCGGGACAACUUCGCCUACCACAGCAGCCGCGAAUGGAAACAGGGCGGAGACGCCUAAUCGAAAUGCUAACCUGGAGGACAAUCAUCAUCAGCUGCAGCUGCUGCAGGGUGUCAGGUGGUUAGUUCAGUUUAGCAUUUGUAGUUGUAGCUUGUAUAGUUCUAGUACAAGUAUACAUGAUAGUACUUGGCUGUCUGUAUGAGCAGUGAGACAGUGACUCAGUGGUAGCCUGGUAGGCUCUGGAUUCCUUAAUUCCAUUUUCCGCUUUGUUCAUGUAUAUAACCUGGUUUUCCUUACAGUAGCUUCCAUCGUUUCCCUGUUUGUCA